CUCGGUGCAAACAGCGGCCUUCACAUCAUCAUAUUUGAUGAGAUUGACGCGAUCUGUAAACAGCGUGGCAGCAUGGCCGGCAGCACGGGAGUCCACGACACCGUCGUCAACCAACUGCUGUCCAAGAUCGACGGAGUGGAGCAGCUCAACAACAUCCUGGUCAUAGGUAUGACCAACAGGCCUGACCUGAUCGAUGAGGCCUUGUUGAGACCUGGAAGACUGGAGGUGAAGAUGGAGAUUGGGUUACCGGAUGAAAAGGGCCGCAUACAGAUCCUCAACAUCCACACAGCAAAGAUGCGUCAGUACGAACUGCUGGGCACUGACGUCGACAUUAAGGAGCUGGCGGUGGAGACGAAGAACUACAGCGGUGCCGAGCUGGAGGGUCUGGUCAGAGCUGCACAGUCCACUGCCAUGAACAGACACAUCAAG